UUCCUGGGUUUGACACUCUAGACAGUUCUUAAAAGGGUUGUUGUCUUUGUCUGACGCUGCACUCUCUGAAGAGAAAGAGAGAGAGAGAGAGAGAGUAAGUAGAGAUGGAGGGUGGGAAGAGAGGAGAUGAAGCAGGCCCAUCAUCAGAAAAGCUAAAGGAACUGAGUGAAAAGCUAAGUGAGUUCUGUCAUGUUGAGGAAGAAGAAGAAGAAGAAGAUGGUGAAGAUCACAGGAGUAAUGGGGUUGCUGCUGGCUUUGUUCCUGGGCCUUUGGUUUCUCUCAAGGAACAAAUUGAGAAAGACAAGGAUGAUGACAGCUUAAGGAGGUGGAAACAGAAGCUGCUUGGUUCCUUGGAAAGCGAUUUGGAUGGCCAAAUGGAGCCUGAAGUCAAAUUCCACUCAAUUGGUAUCAUUUCCGAUGACUUUGGCGAAAUAAAUACUCCAUUGCCCGUUGAUGAAAAUCAGAUCGGUCGUGUCCUGUUUACACUCAAAGAAGGAUCUGAAUAUCGGCUUAAGCUCGCAUUUAGUGUUCUGCACAACAUUGUUUCUGGCCUUACCUAUUCCAACACAGUGUGGAAAGGAGGACUUCAAGUUGAUCAAAGCAAAGGAAUGUUGGGUACAUUUGCUCCGAAUAGAGAACCCUAUGAGCACACCUUGGAAGAGGAGACCACUCCAUCUGGGGUGCUUGCAAGGGGCCUUUACUCGGCAAAGCUUAAGUUCGAGGACGAUGACAAGAGAUGUUAUAUGGAACUGACAUACUCCUUUGAGAUCAAAAAGCGGAGUUAGCGACUUUUUCUGGAAGAUCCUGCUUGUUGUUUCCUCCUUUUUCUUUAUUUAUCCAUGAACCACACCACAUAUCUUCUUUACUUGUAGUUGUGAUGCAAACGUACAAUGGAAUUCUCAUGAUUAUUUCCUUGGCUUGUGAUGCAAAUUUGGAAUUAGGAUUACCA